GUGUUGAAUAUUUCCAUGCAUCGCGUUGCAAGUCAUUACGAUCGUCAACGGAAUGCGAAACCUUGUCAAUUUUCUUUAGGAGAGGGAUAUCUUUUGAAAUCGACGUUCUCUCUACCCGUUCUCCUGUGAAUAAUCGAUAUGCAACGAUUGAUGUCCUAAGCAGAAAGUAAUUGUAAAUAGCCUCAGGAAUACAUAUGCCGCGGUAGGCUCAGUCAAUUGUGCAGUGGGAGCAUCGUUGUGACACUAACACGUCGUCUUACUUGCAAAGACAAGUCAGUCUGCGUUUGGAUGCUCACGAGUAACUGAUAAACAGCCACCGCACAGAUGUCCGCUAAAACUAUCACACAGAAUACCGGCCUUAUAAUGCUGGACCCGUCGGAGAAGCUUCGACCUGAGUCGGUGUAUGCGGGGAAACUGCAGAGCGAGUUCCGGAAUUUCUCCGAGGAUCUCGACGAUCACAUCAAGGAGCGCGUCCACAAGACCUACAAGAACAUGCACACCUAUCAAACCGUCAAAUUUGUACAAUCUCGCAUGAAAGAUUGGCUCCAGUUCAACAAGUUCAAGAUGUCGGUGAAGGAUGCCCUGAUCAAAUUGAACGACCUCGUGGACGAGAGUGAUCCGGACACCGAUAUGCCUAACAUCGUCCACGCCUUUCAAACCGCGGAGUCCAUCAGGAAGGAACAUCCGGAUCAGGACUGGUUCCAUCUCACCGGCUUAAUUCACGAUCUUGGCAAGAUAAUGGCAUUCUACGGAGAACCUCAAUGGGCGGUAGUGGGUGACACGUUCCCGGUCGGUUGCGCCUGGGGUGAUUCCAUCGUGUACAGAGAGACGAGCUUCGACGACAAUCCCGACGGCAAGGACUCGCGCUACAACACCAAGUACGGCAUCUACAAGCCCAAGUGCGGGAUAUCCAAUCUGACGAUGUCGUGGGGCCACGAUGAAUACUUGUACCGCAUACUCGAGCACAACAAGAGUAAGUUGCCGAAGGAGGCUCUGGCGAUGAUUCGUUUCCACUCGUUUUACCCUUGGCACGCCGGCGGCGACUACAUGCACUUCUGCACUCCGGAGGACAUGGAGAUGCUGAAAUGGGUGGUGGAAUUCAACAAAUAUGAUUUGUACACUAAGAGCGACGCCGUACCCGACAUCGAGAAAUUGUGGCCUUACUAUGAAAAACUUAUCGACAAGUACAUACCCGGAGUGAUCGAUUGGUAACACGAGGGAGCUGUUUACUGCGUAUUUUUAAUUUAUACAAAAUUUCCAGUGACGAUUAUUACUAUUAAUAUAAGCUUGUUUUAUACCACCGAAACGGGGAUUUCGGUUGGACGAUUUUACCAAUUUACAUUAUAUGUUUUAAUGAUA